CCAUGGCAGUCAAGAAAGAGUUUCGUAGCGACAACGACGUCUCUCGCAUCAUUACGUUUCUUAACGCACAAGUCGGGGCUUUGUGGAAGAAGGCUUUCGAUUACACUACGGAGAAGUAUGCUCGCUACAUCCAACACCAGAACUACCGAUACAUGAUCGCCCUUGCGAAGUAUUCGUUAGGAAGUCAGAAUGAUCAUCCUUACGGCUUCACGGAGAACCAGAGAUUCGACAUUCAGCUGAAGGCGCCGAGGAUCGGUUUCAUUUGUAACCACACGGCCAUGGUCGAGCUCAACGUCAUUAAGGCACAAUACGCUCUGGAUCGUCCUCGGCUAUCGCAUGAACCGCCGGUUGCGAGUCGUACUGACGAAGAAAUGUCCGAUAUCAAAGUGACAUUCAGGAUGAGCUUCCAGAUGAGCGACGUUAUGGUGGAAGACAAGGACAAGAAGCCACGCCCUGCCAAGAGAUUUGACUUGGACUACAAGCAUGCCAAGCUCGUGCAAAUCUCUCUACCGGUCUCGAGAGGUCGAGAAGCAUUCGAGGCGUAUCUGCAAGGCUAUCUCUCGUUCCUCCAGACUGCGGGCCAUGCCACAUUCUUCUGUCCGGCGGCCUUCUCCGACGAAAAUCAGCCAAUCCCAGUCGACUUCUCCCGAGCUUCGCUCACGUCGCCGACCGGCACCGGCGUACAGACUGUGCCUGUGGAGGAGAUUAAUCGCUUCCUCUGCACGUCGUGGCUCAUGGCGUCGACGAUGCCCAGAUCCCAACCCGGGAAGCCUGUAGAUCGUGUCGCGUUGUCGCUUGCGGAGGCGAGAAGCAAGGUAGUGCUUGGCGGAAAGGAUGUACAUUUCGGCAUGGUGUUCGGACCACCAGAGGUUGAGGUUGCAGCAGUAUGCGACGACGAAGCGAUCCUCUACUUCGACAUCGCCGAAGCCCUUUUCUACAAGACCGGCGAGCACCAAAGUCAUCCUUUCAAGGUAUUUUGCGACUGGAAGGUGGCAGUGUUGAUGAAUAUCGAGCGCGAGCAGACGAGCGAUAGUAACGUGAUCAAGUACAUAGUUAAUCCACGAGGCAGCCACUUUAUGCCUCAGCUAUCGCAGCUUGCAGGCUGCCUCGAGUCCGACCAAGAGGCGGUACAGUGCAGAGAUCGGAUCAUUGAGUUCAUUUGUGGAGAGUACUUGAACAUCCUGGAGAAGGCGGGAUACCUUGUCAUUCUCCACCACGACCUCCGCUGGGCGGAGACCAAGCACCGCCCCUCCGACAUAAGCGAUCCCACGACGAUCUCGCCAUCAGAUAGCCGGGAAGCUCCUGCUACGAACGCUACGACUUCAAGUAGCAGCGUCGUUCCUGGUCCCACUACCUGGCAAGACUUAUCCCAGCGCGUCGACAUGGCCGGUUUCGACCAGGUCUUCGCUCUGUCCGAGACCUCCAUCAACGACCGCUUCCAAUCCCACUGGGCGCGGUCUCAAGCAGACGUCGCUGGCGACCGCUUCUUAACCGAAUGGCACCAUGAUGACCACUUCUCUGCGAUAUUUGGGCCUCUUGAGCUCCAGCUCACGAGCGAACGCAAGGCUAUUCUGCGCGUCAAGCUCGUCAAAGGCAGCCUCAAGCCCAUCAGAGGCCGGUCGUUCCACAGCAGAAACGUAGACCAGUUCCAUUUCUCGGAUUGGUCGGUCGCUUUCUCCGUCGAUCUGGACCUCUGCGAUCACGCAUCCCUACCCGGAGUCGACCCUGAAUGGCGCUCCGACUUCGCCAGAUCCCAUCCACUCAGUAGCCGAAGGGAUGUCACCUUCAACCACGUCUACUUGGACCUCCAGCACGCGGAAUUCGAUCUCGAGCAUUCGAGUUUCAAGGACCUCUGUACUGCGGACGACAAGCGGUCCAUCGACAAGGCUCAAGCUGCUGUCGUGUACUUACGCGAUCACUAUUUCAAGCGACUCGCCUCCACAGGUCGCCACAUUCUCAGCACUGUCCCCGUCUGGGAUGCGUCUUCCCAUGCAUUCUCUCGUGGCCUGACCAGCGUCAGCUUCUACACUAACUCAGAGCGAGCACGUUUCGACGCCAGUACCAGCCUAGCCAAUGUUUCCGAACCGGUCGUCUUGGUCGUCGGCAUGAACAAUAGCAAGACUUUUCCCGUCCCCAUUCCUCAGCGCUGGGAUACCUGGGUCAGCAACAAUCCCUCUCCCUCCCAUGGGAUGCUUGCUCUCUCGGCUGACAGCUUCCUACACGCAAGCUUGCUUCCCAUCCUAUCCGAGGUGAAUGCCAUGACUCGUAUCGAGCCUACCCCGUCUGUGGUCGAGCGGUCGCCUUGGGAGUUGUACCUCACUAGUUGGAACAAUCACAGUCAGCGCGUGGUGGGCGACUGUGCGUUUGUUCCCUCGCCAUCCGACGGGGCAGGUGGUCCAGUACGGUAUCACUGGAAGAGUAGUCGCAAGUUCACCAUUGGUCGUGACGAGUCCCGUUUUGGCCUUUCCCGGACGGAGAACUGUCUCGAGUUGCCUACGACAUCUAGCCCCAACGGCUUGAAGAUUGCUCUCUACGGCACAGUCUGUCUUGAGCUGGUUGAAACUGGCUGGCGUUCUGUAGCAUAUGCUCACUGGAGGACAGUCGUGAAAGUCUUGUUUGAGGAUUGCCAGCCUCGCGUCACGACAGUCACUUACCCCACCGAGUUUACCGAGACGGAGUCAGAGGGACGGCCUUCCUCGCUAAGAUCUUUCAAUCCUCAAGAGAUGCUUCGCAGGGCAUUGCCGAAGACCAUGGACGUCGGAGGUCUCGAACAGGGAUUGCGACCACUUGUGACUGUGCUGCAGGCAUGCCGUACGGGACAUCCUGGCUGCCACUUCGUCGAUCCUGUUUUCAACCGCAAAGGCGACUUACUCUUCCGUAUCUCGGCACAGCCAAGCUCGCCGGCUCCGACUUCCGAUGACUUAGCAGUUCUCCCAGAACCCCAUGGACUGAACACGCAUCUGCGCCUGAAACCAUCAUCGCCGAUACCGGCGCGGGGCACUUAUCUACAGGGUAUACCAGCUCACAAGCGGAUAUCUACGGCGGGCGUGCAUAGUGAUGACGACUCUCCGGAUGCCUCCCCCGUUUCACCCAUAUUCAGCCCCACUCGAGGCGGCGCAAAACAAGACUUUUCUCAUUUCCGGAACCUAGGGAUCGACGAUGAGUCAGAGCCCAACAGCCCUGCGUCGUCAUUCUCUUCGUCGUCCGCCAGUCUGAAGCCAGACCUCAGCCCGCCGUAUCCCUCUAUCUCCAUUUCUCCGCCGGACGAUUCUUCCAUCCUCAGCCGUGGCUCACAAACAGUGCGAAGCUCACCUAUGGAAGCCUCGCAAGCGGAGGCUUCAUCAACUGAAGUGUUCGUUCCUGCCCCACCCGUGAAUGAUCCAGCUCAAGAUGGUCCCAUGUCGUCCGGAAGCAAUGUUACCUCACGGACACAGCCACCAGAGCCAGGUGUUAAAUCUCCUAGACCUGCAUUUUCCCCUCCCCCGCGCAUCGAAACACAACCGAGACCUGCCUCAUCUGCCUCCGUCGGACGCGCGCUGUAUAACACAGGGGAAAAGGACACACAGACCGUGCCCUCAACGCCGGCAGCCACGAACAACCAAGCAAUCUCUCAACCUUCCUCGACGAACACAACGAGAGGUACUACGGCUGCGAGCAAUGGCGGCGCGUCACCAGCACGCCAUGUGUAUCCGGCACCCUCGCAGUUCUCUGCCCCUAACAUGCGGUCACCCAACGUCACGCCGGCUAGUCACGCCAAUGCUGCCAACGUCCGUGCACCUCCGGUCGCAGUUGCCACCGCGGCAUACAACAGUAGUCCUCGUGCACAGGGCUCAGACUCGUCGUUCGCCUAUCCGCAUUUCCUGCCUCGAGGCAACUCGCCCUUCGACAGUAAUAAGACGCUCCAGCCGGCUCCUGACGUCGUCUUGGACCCAACUACGCCGGCCGGCCGCAAAGCUCUGCGGGAGAAGUUCAAGGCGGCCGCUACGCCGCAAGUCCCCAAAGACAAAUACGACGUAACGGCGGCCGGUUCCAUGGGCAUCGGAUUUGCAAGCAGUGCCACGGAUCUGGCACCAAAGUCAGACCCUCCGCCGAAGCCUACGCGACCAUUGACUCACGCGGAGACGCAGAGGCGGCUUGCAGCAGUAGCGGGCACGAUCAACAACUCGUGGUCGCGGCGGUACUAGUCUCUUUCAUCCCCUCGCAUUCAGCUUCCGGACAGCGCAAACCAUCUGGAUGAGUACGUCUAAUGUCCGAAAAUUCUCAUAUACACGCACACAGACUUGUCGGAGAUAUUAUCGAUAAGUGUUUAUGCUCUAUGUGCAUGCAUGUUUCAGAGCCAACUGGUUUUCCUACUUAGUUGUAUAAACUUAAUGACGUAGUCUUAGAAGACACUUGUACAAAUGACCCUGUAUUUUAUCGAUAGCGUUAUAAUUGACACAGUGUCCCAUUCCAUAUUAUGCGUUGAGC